UAACGAAGGGCCCGGAAGCGGCCGAUAACAUGCUGUUCUCCAUUUUCUCUCCCUUUUCCCCUUUCGAAUUGCCGCCUACCUCCUGGUAGGCAGUUCGUUGGAAUCCAGGGACGUGGAUCGUGUCACGAGAAACGGCCGAUGAUCGCGUGGGGUUGAACCGAGCCGAACGUCCACGAACCCACCCCGAGGCGUCCUCGAAAUUCGUCUGGAAUCCGAGAUACAGAAGUCCUCUUUAUCACGAUUAUCGCCUAAGACCGUUUACCACUUGUCUUACUUUCGACGAUCCUCUUUAGUUCUCCCUCGCCAAGGCACACCACGUAAACCGCGUCGCACAAGAUUCAUACGCCGUUCGAGAGUUCUCCGCGGUCGUCGUUACGUUCCGCGCGGACUGAACGGAACAGACGGUAGCCCAGUCCCGCGGAUCGUCGUUGAGAAAUAAAUUGUGUACAAGAUUCGCACGAUCGAUCCGGCCAUUACGAGCCGCGAACACUUAUCAUGAGCAACGUACGGUGUAUACUUAACGAUGCGAGUCGGACGAGAAUUUUCGGAACGGUUUGAACCGUCGCAAUCCGGUGAACGAUAAGAACCGUCGUGUCCUUCCGGGUCCCCAACUCUCGAGCCACGAAGCAACUCGGAAUUGUGUGCAGUAAAGUGGUCCAACGGCGAAGCACUUCUGCGCUAUGCGCCGCUAAAGAAAAAGUAGCAAAAACGAGCGGGGCAAUAGAUUUCGAAACUGAUCGUUACUCGGUACUGUUCACCGCGCUGAAUCGUUCGUGUAUUCGGAUCUCAUUGUUUUUUUUUCCAUUGGCGAGAAAGUAUCUGACAGUCCGUCUCGUACACGGAAUUUUGAUAUGGAUGUGUCCGCGUUUUCCGAGGAUACUUUCGACGUUAAAGAUUGGAUCAAUAAAACGUUUAAAACCGCCGAAGCACAAGAGAACAAAGAUUUCUGUUCAGUGUGGCAUCAGUGAAUUACUUCUGCAAUAUCGCAUCGAUGGCUAUGAUUAUUGCACUUUGUAUGGAUCUAAAAAGGUAAGGUUGUUCAUUCUGAGUAUAUAGUUACUAGGAGUAUCAAAUAUAAAAUUGAAUGUACCUGUCGAAAGGGGUAUCAUAAGAUUGAUCUUGGUUGUGUACUUUGAAUGCCAAAGUAAUAUUUUUAAGUCUAUUGCUAAGUGCCUUGUCUGGCAACUUAGACAUUUUAUACAUUAUUACUAGCGCCGAAAGUGUGUCGAUCUGAAACAUAACAUUGCAUAUAGUAAAUUAUGUACAUAUGGUACUACACAUUUCACAGAACAUAACAUACACACUUUUGUAUAACUUGUUAUUGUUUUUGUUAGCACUUGAACACUCAGUGUUUGGUAUUUUUUUGUAUUUAAGAUGAUUUUUAAUAUCUUCUUCGCCAAAUAAGGAAAGGAUGUAAUUAAAAUAUCUUCCUCUUUAACAAACGUAUUUUGGAGCACGCAAGUCAUUUCUGUGCUUAUACUGCUGAUCGCGGUGUUAAACAGAAUGGUAAUAUAGGGGAGACACAUCUUUUCGUCGUUAAAGGUACUCUUAAUAAUACAAAAAUAUUUUUUUGUCAGUUCAUGCAUUACUUUUAAAUUCUGAAACAGUUGAUACAUGAAAUAAUUCAAUGCAGGGAUCAUCUAUUCGGUUUGCACUCAUUUAAACACUUACAUCUGUGUGUUUGGCUAAAACGUCUUCGUUAUACCUAGUCAAGGUAACCAUCGUGACGCAUACGAAAUUCGGUACAAUGAUAUCUAAUAAAUUCGGUUCGUUAUUGUCGAAAGCCAUUUUACCAAAAUCUAAUAAUUUCAAUAUUGCAUCGAAUGCGUUGUUCAAGAAAACAACACCUCCCACAGGAGACAAACAACUACAAUAUAAAAGUACUAUAUCACAACAUAACUUUGGGGUACUGUUAUAUUCUUUUAUCAGCAGAUUCGAGGUAUCGAGAGUACAUUUUAUUAAAUCUAUACAAAUUUCUCGGCCUUCGAUAUCUACAUCCAGAUGCGGUAUAUGUGGUAUUAUUGACCUACGUUCAAAAAUUUCACACACGUUAGAAUAUUCCAAUAUUAUAAAGAAAAUAUACGCCUGAUCUUUUUCUACGUACUUUUUGAUCCACAACAGAAUUUCCGAGAAAUGUUCCGAUGCGUCAAACACAUCUCUCUUGUGCAACAACGAGACCAUUGAUAAAUAUUCUUUAAAAAACUUCACAACCAAGUCUUUGGAUAUUAGACUACUUAUAUUGCAUUCAUUGCUUAACAUUUUUUCCGUAACAGUUCUCAACAUGUGCAAAGUUUCCCAAAACUUAAGUACGUCUUGAUGAUACUUGUUCAUUAAAACUGACUGAUAUUCAACGUGCAAUAAGUGUUUCAAUAUACGCAGGCUCAACUCUAAGCCUUUCACGUUCACCGUAAAGACAUCCUGUGAAUCGCAAAAACCCUGAAGCACUAACUUAUUAGUAUCAAUAUAUAUAUAUAUCAUUCCUAAUGUAUUUCUUAUGUAUUACUCGUACCUGGUUGUUAGGUGUAUUUAUCUUUAGUGAUUCUCCAAACAGAUUAGUUAACGCGAGGAAAAUCAUUUGCCCCUUAUUCCACUUUAUGAAAACGUGUAUAAGCGAGAGAAGUGUAUCGUCGGAAGUAUUUGUACUACAUAAUUGUUGCGCUAAGUUUUCCAUUACCUCGAUCUUAUUGAUAAAAUAUUUGGUUGGCAUUAAUGAAAAUAUGAAUAUAAUUGAGUCGUUAACCGGGGUUUCCUGUAAAAGUUCACGCGAUAAGAACUGCGAGUGAAAAAUCGAUUUUCAGAAGUUUACCUUAAAAUAUGAAGAAAAUUCUGGUAAAACGUUUGCAAUGGACUGCAUGAUUUUGAUCUCUUUUUCACUGUAAUUAUUGUCAUCUAAAUUGCUCACAUUUGCUACUAGUAACAUAGCAAUAACAUCGAUACAUAUUUGUAUAUCUCUGUAGCUAUCCAGAUCAUCUUCUUCCCAAUUAUUCAGAUUCUCUGUUAAGACGAUAAUACGUGUUAAUUUAAAUGCUGUGCAUAUUGCAAUGACGUAUGCUAUUACCGGUUUCUUUAUUUCCUUUAUGGUUCAACUUAAUUUUUUUCGUGCAUCUUUUCCUCGAUGUUUUCGAGAUUUGAAUACAUUCCAUUUCUUUCUUUAUUUCGGACAACAGUCGUUCGAUUAUUUGUGCGAACAUGCUCGAAUCGAUAACGGACUUAGAAUGAAGGAAAAACCUCCUAAUUGCUUUAAUAUUAUUCAUUCCUAUAUAUAUUAUUUCUUCUGCUAUUUUAUCAUUACUUGAACCGUUCGGACAUAUACGUAACCAAAGAAACUUUAUUAAUUCUUGGAGUAAAGAUGUGUCUUGUGUUCUCUGAAAAUGUUCGCGGAACUUAAUAUUUAUGAUUACUUAUGUUGCUAAAUAAUUUUUUACGUGAAUAAAGUAUUUAAUAUACACCUCUAUUUGAUCGAGAACGUACGUCAGCGGUACAAUAUCCCAAAAUGGUAUGUCAAGUUGAUUUUGGGCAUGCCAAAGAAGUUUCAUUAAUGCUUCCACAACAGUCUUAUCUUCAUCGUAAAUACUUUUCGCGAAAUUUGGUAAAAAGUCUUUAAGUAUUCUAUGAGAUCGAUCCUUAAUUAAUAUUUGUUUCAAACCAAUAAAGACGUUUGCUCUGAUUUCCGCAUUAUUAGCACAUUUCGUGUAAUGCAGUAAAACGUUUAACCAAUUACGAAUAAUAUUGUGUGGUACACAAUUCCAAUGCUUUUCUAAUAGUCUCAAGAGACCCUAGCGAUGGUUAGAAUUGCAAAAUAUUAGUAAGUACAUAGGAAGACUAUAGUAUCCUAAAAUUUAAUAUGACACGGGCAUAAGUUAUCUUACAAUCAUGGUAACGUUGCGCACUUCGUGAUCAGUGUCAUUUAAAAGAUCAUUUAUUGUCUUAUAAAAUGUUUGAAGGAAAAAUCUAUUUCUAUCUUUCGCCGCACAUGUAUACUGCGCAAUACUUGUUAUAAAUAGAAUCUCCACUGCAUUGCAUUUAAUGUAAGAACCGGGUGCCUGUGAAAUAAUUUCGUUUAUUGUUUACCGAUGAUUGCAUGUAUGCGUAUUAUGUUUCAUUAAUACCUUCAAAUGUUUCCAGAGUAAAGGUUUGCACUGGUUAUGAAUCAUUGUUCUUGCUGCUUUAUUUUUAUGUUCAUGAAUGGCAGCAAGAAAUAAAAGCAGGUUUUUACCAAGCUUCCUUUGUCCUAUAGAAUCUCUAUAAGCACGAAAACAAUGAAAAAUGAUAUUUUGGAAACAAUUCUCCACAAUGAAUUUUCUUAACUUCACUGUCGCGUUUUGCCAUGCAGACACAUAUAAAUUUGCAUAACCAGUGAUGUAACUAUCUUUUACAUUUUGUAAAACAACCUUUAUAUUAUUGUGAAUUCCCUGAAAUAAUUAUAUUGUUAAUUUAUUUUCUCUUUUCCAAAGAAAGGAAAGUUACUGUAGAAUUAUAGUUUGUACCAAUAUGUACUGUUCCCCCAGAGUAAACAAAUGUAAUAUCAAUAGUCGACCUUCUUCGAGUGACAUCACAGUGUUUUCUCGUACAAGUUUAAGCAAUUGCUGCACAUCUUCUGUACAUUUUAGUAGUGUAAUAGCAGACCUUAUCUCAUACAAGCGUUUUACAUGUUGCUAAAAACAUAAUCAAUGACAUAUAUUAAAAUAUAUGUACAUUACACACAUCAUCAGUAGAAAUGUCAUUUGCGUAUAUUAAUAUGUAAAUACCAAUGAUGUCUUGCAUCCUUGAAUGAGAUAUUUAACUACAUUUUUUACCACCUUUUCCCUCCAUGUCAUAUCUAAUUUCCACCAGUUUUCUAACAGGUAAGAUAUUUCAUUUUUUGCCUGUUUAUCAUUUAUAUUGGGCAGCACAUUGGAAUGCAACAACAUUACAUUUUGUAGAAGUACAUUAGGAAUAAAUAUUCGUUGUACAAUUGUUUCAAGUGCUAUUGCAGUUAUUGUACGUAUUAGUUUAAUCAUGAGACUGUACUCCUAAAAUAAUGAUUAAAAAAAUAUAUUUAAGAUACAACAAAUUGUUAAUACAGAUUGUCAAUUGUUUUCAUACAGAUGAUCUUACUUUUGCAUAUUUACUCUGAUUCUUUGAUGUCUGAGUACAUAAUUUUUGAGCCUCUAGUAGCAUGGUCUUCAUGUGUUGCCAUAGCUCGCAGAGUUCAUCCUCUGAUAAUACAACAAUGUUUUUCACAUUGUUAUUCUGAAAUAAGAACUUAUUGUCAAUAAUUUUCUUAUUCUGUUAUUAAAACAUUGAAACAAACCAUAUUACUCGUUAAUUUGAUAGAAGGGUUAUCUCAAAAACUGAUAAAUGUAUGUGUAUACAAGUAUACGCAUAAGGAAUGUAGUAUGAAAUAAAUAUGUAUUGGAACAGAAAACAAGUAUAUAUUCUAUUUAUUGAUAGAUACCAGUUUCUCGCAUAUGAUGCUACCAUUCGGGCUUUUAUUUUUUAAAAUACGAAACAAUACUUUAUCUCUCGAUAAUGCACGGUGUUGCAACAUUUUUUGUUAACAUUAACACGGUUUUAUUUGUUACUAUUAUACGGUGAUUCGUCACGCAUUUUAAUAACAACUGAAAGAAAAAAAGUAUACGAAUUAAACCAUACAUUUUUGAUAAUUUUAUUUUAUCAGGCGAUAAGGCAUUAAUAUAAAUGUCAAAUGUUAGCAAUUAAGCAUGAAGAAUAAGUGCACAUGUUUACUGAUGUACACACAACAUUGGAAGAAAACGUACUGGAAUGAUGGUGUUUCACCUCUUGUAUUUAAACAUUAUGGACAGUUAUUAUAUUAUAAUAAGUAUGUUUAAUAGUGAAUUAUUAAACUUUCGUAUGAAAUUUAUUACAAAACUUCAACUUUAUAACAGAAUUCUUCACUUUUAUUUAAUAUUCUAUGGAAGUCGCCAUAUUGAUCUUUCGGCAUCAAAACAAUCAUGACCCAGGCAUGUUUUUAAAAGCUACUUUCGACUGAAAAUACUUAACAGUACUUCACUUUUCAUUCAUCUAUAAUUAUUUGUUGAGUCAGCAAACCGAAUUAGAUAUGAAUAACAAUUUCUGUGAACCAAAUAUGUCAUGUUACCGACCAAAAAGUAAUCAAUGUAAACGUUAACAAUUUGUUGAUCAAUCAUUAUUUUAAUAAUUUAAAAUUAUUUAUUGCAUCCUUUUCAAUCAAUAUUGCUCGUUAAAAAUGGCAAUUUUAUUAAUUAAAAUCGUUAUAAUGGACAUACAGAGAUUUCUCAAAGUCUGUGGUUUAUAUCAUAUCAAAGCUUCAGCCUUUUGUUGUAGAUGGCACCAGGGGUCCUUUUAAUGAUGUUUAGUGUUAUAAAUUUAAAUAUCAUAAAUUAUAAUAUAACGGAAAUUUAAUGAAUAAUCUGAUUCACCCGUUAUUUCUGUUUCAUUAUCUUGAAGUAUUAUGUGUAAUAUGUCUAUUUUUGCUAUGAAUUUCCUCUGAGUUUACAUGUUUUAUACAGUUGAAUAAACCUAAAAUUUGAAAUAAUUUGAGAUUAUUCUUCAAUAUAUGCUUUCUUGUAGCUUAAUAAAGCAUAUCUAUAUUAAAAAGAAGUAAUUAUUGUAACUCGAUUAGUGUGUUUAAGGCGAGUAUAUCGCCGCCAUUUUAUUUUGUACUACAAUAAUUAGGUAACGUUUGAAUGACGUUCUUCGACGUAUUAUGUUUUCAUGCACAUUACUUUCAUGUAAUCAAUAUAUUGCAAAAUAUGUACCAUUUUUUAAAAAUGCUUUUAUUAUAAUUACCCUAGAUAUAGUAGAUUGUUAGUAACAUCAUGAGUCACCAUAGAAUAAGGAACUUAGUGGAAUUGUAGUAUAGAGAUAUCAUGCCGUUAUAAAAUGUAGUCUUGGGAUACGUCAAUUACAGUAAUGAUAUUUGCAAGUUUUAACUCGGAAAAUUAUAAGAAAAGUCUAAGAACAAAACACUGAAUAUUGUUUCCAUAGUUGUACUUGUAAUAAUUUAAAAGUAUAACAGUACAGUGCAGUACAUACAUUCUAACCACAUGGUUGGAUGUAUGUUUAUAUACUUAAACUGCAAUCAAGUCACUCGAGAUUUUAUAUUUGAACACUUUCCUAACAGUACACUUGCAUAGUUGUCAAGAUGGAUGACAAAGAUCCAACUAGUGUGAUUAAAAUGAUUAAGGAUUUAAGAUCAGGAUCCGAGGCCUAUCGUAAAAGCAGUAGUAGCCUAUCAUUGCGAUUGUCAGGAACUGCAUUUCCCUCACUUACCGAACAUGAGGGAUGUACUAUUUCACCUAAGAGACCAAGACUUGAUGAUUCAAUUAAUUCUACUUUGAAUAGAAGUGAAACAGAAACUGUGCCAGGUAGUCCAUGGGAAUGGAGGAGACUAAAGGGUGAAGUUGUAUCAUUAAAAACAAGAUUGUCCCAUCAAGAAGCUGCAGUGCAGCAACUUCAUAAAAUACGUAGACAAAUGGAAGAAGUUUUUGAGAAAGAGAAAAGUAUUUUAGAGAUGCAGAUGGAUCAAGAAAAACAAACUGUCAAACAGCUAGAAGUAAGACUAGAUAUUGCCCGCAGAACAAUUCAAGAUGCACGUGAUGCACAGGCUAUGGCAGAAAAAGAACUAUUCCAAGUAAAAACAAGUUUGGAGCAGAAGACAAUGGCAUUAAUGAAUGAAAAUGCCAAAUUGAUGGAUGAUUUCAAACACACUCCUAAACAAGAAAGUCCCACGGUGUUAAGAGAUGUCAUUGAAUCAUCAGAUGUCCAAUCAAAAUUUGAGACAGCACAAACAAGAAUAACACAAUUGGAAGAAAGACUGAAAGAAUAUCAGACCAAACAGCAGGAAUUAGAAUUACAAAAUGUUGAACUUCAAAGUAUGAAAAUAAAAAUUGAGAGACUCGAAUCUGAAAAGGCAUUAUGGGAGGAAGGAAAGAUAUUAACAGCAAGAGCAGCAAAAGCAAGCGAGCUUGAGAAAGAGCUCAGUGUAGCAAAGGAUACUAUCACCUCACUGAGGGAAUCGGUUAGAGGGAAAUUACUGUUAGAGGAGCAAAUGGCUAAUAUAAUGAAAAAACUAGAAUAUACAGAGAAAGUGGAACAGCAAGUAGCAACAUUAGAAGCUAAAAAUACGGAAUUGUCGUUACGUUUGUCGGAAUACGAAUCGAUUGGAAUCAACGGCGGACCAUCUCUCUUGAAACGCGAAUUAAAUCGUUUGCAACAAGCCGAAUUGGUCUUAAAAGCGGAAGAGGGCCAGUUGAAGUCACGUUUGGACGCCACAUUACGAGAAAACCAGAAUCUAACGAAAAGUUACGAGGAUGCUAAAAAAUUGGCCACAGAUAUAACAGUUUCGAAAGAGAAAUUAAGUAGACUAGCGAGCAGGUUGCAAAAGAAAAUGGUUUUCUUGACGAGGGAGCGGGAUAGUUAUAGACAGCAACUGGAUUUAUACGAGAAGGAAAUUAGCGUAGAUGGCAACAAUGCGAUAACCGAAAGAAUUCCAGCUUUGGAACGCACUAUAGACGCUUAUAGGGAAUUAGUUGCGAAACUAGAGUCUAAUCUCGAGGCAGUAGAGGGUUACAACCAAGUGGACGAAUGUGCUAAACUACGAAAGGAAGUCGAUCGAUUGAAAGGUGAAUUAGAGCACCGGGCAUUGAAGGGUGAUUUCAAUUGCGAUGCAAAGGUGUUGCACUUCACGAUGAAUCCUGCCGCCAUUGCCGAGAAACAGGCGGAAGAGAAACAGAUGGCGCUGAUACGCGAGGUGGAAGAACUCAGGGCGAAAUUAGCGCAAGGGGGUGCCAACACAACAGCGGCAUCUUCCCUGCAAGCACAGGAAAUAGCGGAGCUCAAGCAGACCCACGAAAUAAAGAUAGCCCGUUUGAAGGACGCCUUCAAGGCGUCGUCUCAGGAAUACCGACAAGCAUGUUAUCAGCUGUUCGGGUGGAGGGUGGAUAGAACGAAAGAAGGCCGUUACAAAUUGUCUAGUCAGUACGCAGAGUCCCCGGAAGAUUUCCUCUUCUUCCACAUUGGGGAGGAAGGCGUGGACCUGUUGGAGACUGCUUUCUCGGCAACGUUAGGGUCUUUGGUGGAGCAAUACUUGCAACGACAACACAGCGUCCCCAUGUUUCUAAAUGCUGUGCAAUCGGACUUGUUCAAUCAACAAACUAUGACGAAUAUGCUGAGCUAACCAUCCGAAACGAAGAAAAGUAUUUUUAUUGUUAAUAUCCAUUCCUUUGAUUAACGAAUGUACGGGUAAGAGUUGUGAUGCUCCGUAGGCGAUCAGUAGAAGCUAAGUAUAAAGAAGAGAUUUGCCCGCAGCAUCGUGUAUUUUCGAAUCAUAACACUGAAAAGCUUAUUUCAUCGUUCACGAACUCGUUUAUUUUCUAAGCUUCCUCCCUUGUCUGUGGUAAUCAAUA